AUGUCAGCUACUUGCCCUCAUUUAAAUAAAGAAAAUUACUUAUAAAGUUUAUAAGGAAAGCUUAUCUACAAAGAUUAAUGUACUAAGUGUUUCCAUGACCCAAGAGAUGUAAAUGGGUUAGAUCUUUGCUUGAAAUGCUUAAAUGGUUCAUGCGUAAGUGGAUAAAACCAUAGUUUGUUACACUUCCAAUAGCACAAUCAUCCAAUAGUUCUUAACAUUAAAUUAAUAGAAAGACCUGUUCAAUAGUAAGAAGAGCAAUAGGAUUUAACUAAAUUAGCUAUUGGAAAGCCAGGUGGAGCUAUUGCAAACUAAAUCGAAUAUGAUGAGAUAUAUACUUUGCGCUGCUUAGCUUGCAAUAAAAAUUUAGAUAACCAAUUACUUGAUGGAGUAAUUAAAAGCAUUCAAUAAGAGAAUUCUGCAUUUAAGAAGUAAGAUAUUUGUGAGUGGGAACUCGAUAUUUAGCCUUGUGAGCACACCCUGACAAUAGAGUAGAUUCCUAAAGAUAUGACAUAAGGUUUAAAUCAUUGUCAUAGUUGCGAUUUAUCAACAAAUUUGUGGUUGUGUUUGGUUUGCGGAAAUGUUGGAUGUGGAAGAAAAAAUUAUGAUGGUACAGGAGGUAAUGGCCAUGCUUCUGAGCAUUUUUAAAAAUCAGGUCAUAGCUUAGUUGUUAAACUCGGUACAAUCACAUAAGAAGGCAACGCUUCUCUUUACUGCUAUUCAUGCGAUAAUGAUGUUUCCGAUGCAUAUUUGUCAUAGCAUUUAGCUGUUUUUGGCAUAAAUGUUUCUGAACAAAAAAAGACUGAGAAAACCAUAGCUGAAAUGAAUUUGGAUGCAAACAGAAAUCUAACAUUAAGUAGUAUUAUUGAAGCUGGAAAAAAGCUUAAGCCUCUCUUUGGUUCUAAAUUGACUGGAAUGUAAAACUUAGGUAAUUCGUGCUAUAUAAAUUCUGUCUUUUAGACACUAUUUUCUGUUCCCGAGUUUGAAGAUAGAUAUUAUGUUCAUGGGCUAGAGCAUUUGAAGGAAUGCAGGAAAUUCCCUGUAGACUGUCUAACUUGUUAAUUAAGCAAACUCGGAGUUGGGUUAGUAAGUGGUGAAUACUCCAAGAAGAAGGAAAUUAGAUUUUUGAGCAGUGUUGACACAUCUGUAUUAUCAGAGUACGAAAAAUAUGAAUAGGAUGGUGUUUCUAUUAAUGAUUUAAGAGCUAUGAUUGGCAAAAACCACCCAGAAUUUAAAACAAAGUAAAUGCAAGAUGCUUUAGAAUAUUUACAACAUGUGUUCGACUUAAUUGAAAAAGAAGAAAAAAACACUAAAUAAAGCCAUAUUGGAAAAAAUUUUGAAUUUAAGACUGUUAACAAAUUAAAAUGUAUGAGCUGCGGAGGAGUAAAGUUAAUAGAAAAUAAAACAAAUGAAUUAAAACUUCCUGUACUACCUCCUACAAAGGAAUAAUUAUAACAAGCUUUGAAGGAUUAAGAAGAAAGAUAGCAAAAAUUAAAAAAAGAAGCCACAAAUAACGAAUCCCCUAAGGAAGAUGCAAAAUUACUUGAAGAACCUGAAUACAAUAUUACUUUUGAGUAAUGCAUUCAAGUUUUAUAAGCAGGAGAUGUAGUAGAACUAAAUUGCUCAAAAUGUGGAGUGAAAAGCAACUUUACUAGCAAUCACUAUUUGAAAACUUUGCCUAAGUAUUUAGUUUUACCAACAAACAGAUUGCAUUUAGAAAACUGGGUUCCUAAAAAAUUGAAUGCAAUUAUUUAGAUGCCUAGCGAAUAUAAUUUAAAAGAUUUAGUUUUUAAAGGAUUAGAGGGAGAUGAGUUUUUAUUGGAGAAUUAAGAAGGCAAUAAUAAUAAUUAGGACUUAUAAAAUCAACCCUAAGUCGAUGAAAUCGCUUUACUUUAAUUAUUAGAAAUGGGAUUUGGUGAAAAUAGAGCAAAAAGAGCUUUAAUCAAAUAUCAAAACAAUACUGAGCUGGCAACAAAUUAUUUGUUUGAAAGUAUGGAAGACGCAAGUCUCGACCUGCCAUUAGAGCCUAUCAAAGCAUAAUAGAAAAAGAGUGGAUUUGUAGUUAAUGAAGAAAAUUUGAUGCUACUUUAAUAAAUGGGUUUUGAAGUCGAGCAAUGCAAAAGAGCUUUGAAGAAAUUUAACAACAAUGUAGAAUUAGCUUUGGAUGGAUUGUCUUAGGGAGAAUACUACGAAGAAGAAAAUGAAGAGAAUAAGGACUAGGGAAUGGAGGAAGAAGAUGCACCUAUCACAGGAACAAGCUUUGAAUUGCAAGCUGCAAUAGUUCAUAUCGGUAAAAGCGUACAUUCAGGUCAUUAUGUGGCGUAUGUUAAGAGAAAUUAAGAGUGGGUUUAUUACAACGAUGCUAAGGUUGCAGAAGCUGAAGACCCAGCCCUAGGAAAAGGAUACAUUUACUUGUUUAAAUUAAAGUGA